UUCUGGACCAGACCCUGGCGGUCGUUCUAGGUUUGCUAAACUCGGGAUGGCAAUUAACGAAGAAUUGACCCAGGCCUGUAGAGAUGUCUUAGAAAUAGAGGUACCUCCUGGUCUUGUCUACAGCAAAGUGAAAGCAUCAUCGAUUUAUAAGAAAAUACGCCCUGAACAAGAACUUCAUCUUAUAGGCGCCAAAAUUGAUGGUUAUCAAGAAAUUGAUAUAACAUUGUUAUAUACACUGAUAAGAAAUAUAUGUAUAAAGAUUCCUCUUCCAACAAACGGUUGGGGUGGAAACACGAUGCCGUCAGUAGGAGAAGUAACGAUCGGCGAUGACAUUGAGAGGAUACGAUUGAUAAGAAACAGCAUGUUUGGACACAUUAGCUCGGCUUCUACCUCACAGACAGAGUUUGAUGACACGUGGUCAAUCAUAACUGAUAUCUGCCAAAGACUGCAAACGUACACAAAAAAAGACUACAUGUCUGGACUGAAUAAUAUUCAAAGUCAGGCUUUAGAAGAGGAGUACGAAACAACAGUCAUAGAAAAACUCAGGGAAGAUUAUAAGAAUAACCAGUCUUUAAUGGUGAAGCUAUCUUCUGUGGAAAAGGAUUUGCAAGAAUUGAAAAGAAAAUCCGAAGACAAAGAAAACACUCUGGUAAAAGAGAUUCUGGACAAUUGGCGAGAAGACGAUGUUGCCUUCAUUCCUACAAGAGCAAGUGAAGCGGUUCAAGAAAAGUUUGAAAGUCUUAACCUCAUCACAGUGGUAGGAAAUUCUGGAUCCGGGAAAUCUGCAAUAAUUCAACAUAUUGCACUAAUUCUUAAAGAGAAGGGAUGGAAUGUCAUACCGGUGGAUAAGGUGGAAGAAAUAAAAAAUAUCUGUUCAACCGGAGUCUCAGAAAAUCGUAUAUUAUUUGUAUUAAAUGAUCCUUUAGGUAAGGAGUCGUUAGAUGAAAUUUUGUAUCACUCGUGGAAACGUUUAGAGAAAACGCUGGAGAUUUGCUUGAAAAAGAAUAAACUAUUGAUAUCAUGUAGAAGGUGCGUCUUUAAUGACAAGAGAAUCAAGGGUAACUUAUUAGAUGACUCAUCUGUAGUAGAAAUUGACAACGAAAAAAAUGGACUGACGAUUGACGAGAAAAGAGCGAUUUUAAAUCAGUAUUCACAGAAUCUUCAUUUAUCCGAGGAGGUUGUUACUGAAAUAAUCAAAACAGAAGCUUACUUCCCAUUGCUUUGUAAGCUUUAUUCAAGGGAGGCGAACUACAAAGAAAAGGGUGUUGAUUUCUUUAAAAAUCCGUACAAAUUUAUUAAAAAUGAAGUAGAAAUUUGGAAGAAAACUGACAAGAAAAGAUUUUGCUCACUUAUCUUGAUAGUGGCUUUUAAAAACAAUUUGAAAAUCGAUGCUAUUGUAAAAAAUGAUAUUUGUUUGAUGAAAUUUAAAGAAAUUUUAGGUAUGUGUGAGUUACAAGAAAACAUACAUGUAUCAGUCAUUCGUAGUACUCUACAUGAACUGAAAGGAUCUUAUGUCAAACGUGUCGGAAAUGCUUUCCAAUUCCUUCACGACUUUAUUAUGGAGAUAACGACUCUGGUGUUUGGUGUUGAUUGUCCACAAGAGACAAUACAGUACGCAGACAGUGGUUUUCUGAGACGUCGGGUGAUGAUAGAAGACGAUACAGAAAAGGAAGAUCGCGAUCCCUUCACUGUUUACCUUCCUGAAGAAUACAUUGAUGAUCUUGUGGACAGGUUUAUCAUUGACAUGCAAACAGAACACCUUGUAGAUGUUCUACUCAAUCCAUGUUUAAGGAAAGAGUGCGUCAUCAACUCUUUUAAGGAAAAAGUGGAUUCGCGCGAAAAGCUUCUUGUAAAAAUUAAAUGUGAAUUAGAUAGAUCGGAAUUUCAAAAAUUAAUUGAAAGAUCUUUUUUCACAAGACUUGAUUUCCUUUAUUCAUUCAAAAGUGAAAUAUGUCCUUUAGUCGGAUUUAUUGUAUUUUGUCAUACUGACAUUUCUUUAUUUUUCAUGAAAAGUAUACCUGAAACAAAGUUGAAAGAACAUCCUAUAUUUUCUGCUAUAUGUGCGAAUGGUGAUUUAAACCUAUUAAAUUCUCUCAGUGAAGAAUAUGAAAAAUCAGGAAUGAUGGAAAUAUGGGAUGACCUUUUACCAAUUCAUGUUGCUUCGAUUUUUCAUAAUUUUUCAACACUUGAAGAGUUAGUAAGACUUGGUGCUGACGUUAACAAGUUAACAAAAGAUGGAUGGUGGAGUCCGUUAUUACUCGCUGCUGCAAAUGAUGAAGAUCAUAUCAAAGAAGCCGGAAUCGAAACAAAAACUGGAGAGAGACGUAAGAACACAAUUAUUUGCUUAUUGAACAACGGUGAUGAAAUCAAUUCAUAUGAUACUGAGAACAGAGACAGUCCUCUUUCUAUGGCUUGUUAUAGGGGACGUGAUAGCACGGUACAACUGUUACUGAACAACGGUGCCGACAUCAAUUUAUGUGAGAAGAAUGGAGCCAGUCCUCUUCAUGUAGCUUGUCAUGAUGGACAUGAUAGCACGGUACAACUGUUACUGAACAACGGUGCCGACAUCAAUUUAUGUGAGAAGAAUGGAGCCAGUCCUCUUUAUAUAGCUUGUCAAAAUGGACAUGAUAUCACGGUACAACUGUUACUGAACAACGGUGCCGACAUCAAUUUAUGUGAUAAUGAUGGAGACAGUCCUCUUUAUAUAGCUUGUCAAAAUGGACAUGAUAGCACGGUACAACUGUUACUGAACAACGGUGCCAACAUCAAUUUAUGUAACAAGAAUGGGAUCAGUCCUCUUUAUAUAGCUUGUCAAAAUGGACGUGAUAGCACGGUACAACUGUUACUGAACAACGGUGCCGACAUCAAUUUAUGUGAGAAGAAUGGAGCCAUUCCUCUUCAUGUAGCUUGUCAUGAUGGACAUGAUAGCACUGUACAACUGUUACUGAACAACGGUGCCGACAUCAAUUUAUGUGAGAAGAAUGGAGCCAGUCCUCUUCACGUAGCUUGUCAUGAUGGACAUGAUAGCACGGUACAACUGUUACUGAACAACGGUGCCGACAUCAAUUUAUUUAACAAGAAUGGGAUCAGUCCUCUUUAUAUAGCUUGUCAUAAUGGACAUGAGAGCACGGUACAACUGUCACUGAACAACGGUGCCGACAUCAAUUUAUGUGAUAAUGAUGGAGACAGUCCUCUUUGGAUAGCUUGUCAAAAUGGACAUGAUAGCACGGUACAACUGUUACUGAACAACGGUGCCGACAUCAAUUUAUGUAACAAGAAUGGGAACAGUCCUCUUUGGAUAGCUUGUCAAAAUGGACAUGAUAGCACGGUACAACUGUUACUGAACAACGGUGCCGACAUCAAUUUAUGUGACAAGAAUGGGAACAGUCCUCUUUGGAUAGCUUGUCAAAAUGGACAUGAUAGCACGGUACAACUGUUACUGAACAACGGUGCCGACAUCAAUUUAUGUAACAAGAAUGGAGUUAGUCCUCUUUAUAUAGCUUGUGAAACUGGACAUGAUAGCACGGUACAACUGUCACUGAACAACGGUGCCGACAUCAAUUUAUGUGAUAAUGAUGGAGACAGUCCUCUUUGGAUAGCUUGUCAUAAUGGACAUGAUAGCACGGUACAACUGUUACUGAACAACGGUGCCGACAUCAAUUUAUGUAACAAGAAUGGAGCCAGUCCUCUUUCUAUAGCUUGUCAAAAUAGACACGAUAGCACGGCACAACUGUUACUGAACAACGGUGCUGACAUCAAUUUCCGUAACAAGAAUGGAGCCAGUCCUCUUUCUAUAGCUUGUCAAAAUGGACAUGAUAGCACGGUACAAUUGUUACUGAACAACGGUGCUGACAUUAAUUUAUGUGAUAAAGAUGUAAACAGUCCUCUUUGGAUAGCUUGCGAAAACUCACAUUGCAGCACAAUCGAACUUCUAUCAAAUUCAGGUGCUGAUGUCAAUCUAUGCAAUAAAGGUCACUGCAGUCCGUUGUACCUAGCAUGUCUCCACGGUGAUGACAGAAUGGUUAAACUUUUAUUGAACAAAGGUGCCGAUAUUAAUUUAUGUGACAACGAGAGAAACAGUCCACUCUACAUAGCCUGUGAAAACGGACAUUACAGCACGGUCGAAUUAUUGUUAUUAAGAAAUGAUACUUGCAUUAAUUUAUGCAAUAAAGACAAUAAGAGUCCACUGUACAUAGCAAAUUUAUAUGGUCAUGACAGUAUCGCUGAACUUUUACUACAGUAUGGUGCUGAGUUUUUAUUCUGAAGAUGGAUUCAGUGGUUUCCCAAUACCAAGUGCGUUCACAUUAUUUUUGAGAUAUGGAGCUUAAA